AUGCCUUCGUGGAGAGCUCCAUCCUCGCAGGACCCCCCCCGCCGCGCCGGUGAGGCUCGUGGCGAAGAUCCGCAGUGGCUGCCGUACCGCCGUUGGGCCGGCAACCUGUUGAUCGCCAUCCAGCGUGGCUUCCCGUCGGAGCUCUUCCCUUGCUUGUUGGCAGCUGAUGCGGAAAUCUCCUUCGUUACCAGCAACGCUCGGGAUGAGAAGCGCUUGGCAUUGAUGGACUUGAAACCUGGAGCCCAUGCGCAAGCUCCGUGCGCUGCUGCCGGGUGGCCUGGCCGUGCUCCAUGGCGGGUACAGGCCGCAGGAGUUGGAGCUUCACCUAGAGGAGAGCGGCAAACGUCAAGACCCCUAGGCGGAAGAAUGCCAGGGGGCACCGAAAAACAUGCGCAAGCGCCGGCACUACCAGGUUAG